AUGCCAGACUCCAACAACUCCACGCCCGCAGGCCCAUCAUCGGCCCCAACACCUUCUGCACGCAUGGCACCCAAAGCCACACACGAAGUGCUCAAGGCCGCAUCUGCAGCCCUAUCCUCACAGGGUCUCAACCUGUGCCCUCAUUGCUUCCGCGAAUUGUCGCACUGUAAUGAACGCUUUGAAUUUGCGUAG